UCAUAUGUAUGUAUGAAGUGAGAGUUCGAUAAAUAUACACACUUGUCAAAUUGAUCUGCAAUGGCCGGAAUAAAAGGUUAUUCGGCAUGUUCUUGAUCGUCUGAUAUGCGAUUUUUCACUUUGUGAAAUUUCGAAGAAAUGGCAUCAAUGGGAGGAAGUUUCUAUAAAAACUGUGAAACGCAAUAUGAAAUAUCGAAACAUAACCUUCUUGCUUUAAUUGUCACUGUCAAAAAUUUGUACAUACUUCAACUUUUGCUUUAAAUUUCAUAAUUUAAAUAUAUCUGUUUUUCAAUGUCGAACAAAAGUGUAUCAUAUUUAUGCUAUUUAAUUCGUCAUAAUUAUAGUCAACUUCGUCGUGUUCAACAUGAUAUUAAAAAGUGAGGAGAGAAAGCUUUGUCCCGAAAUUUCUGUUAUAACUUGUUUUUGGUUUAAAGUCAGUAAUCUUAAAAUAAAUUUUAUAUAAAUCUAGCCAUUUAUAAGCUAAUAGCUUAUUAGCAGAAAAAUAAAAUUUCCUUAUGUAAUAGACACAAAUGUACUUAUAUAAAACAAGAUAAUAGUAUAGUCAUAUAUUUUAAUAUAUAGAAUAUAUCAGUUUAACAUUUAUAUAAAAUUAUAUCAUUUUUUGUUUCAUGUUAUGUAAUCUGCUACCCAUUAUCAUUCAACAGCAUUGGUUCUUCUGGCAUUCUCUGGCUCUAUUGGUAUGACAUUAGUUAUCCUUGGUUGUGCAUUACCACAAUAUGAAGUAUGGUGGCCAUUUUUUGUAGUUUUAUUCUAUGUAUUGGCACCAAUUCCAACAAUAAUUGCACGUCGUUAUACAGAAGACCCAGCAAGUAGUAGUAAUCCAUGUUUAGAGUUGGCAAUAUUUAUUACAAUAGGAUUUGUUGUAUCUUCAUUUGCUCUUCCUAUUGUAUUGGCACGAGCACCUGAUGAAAAUCCAGUUAUACAUUGGGGUGCCUGCUACUUAACUUUAGCAGGGAACGUUAUUGUUUACUUGACCUUAGUUGGAUUUUUUGUAACUUUUGAACAAGAUGAUGUAGAUUAUAACAUGUGGUGAAGUGAUACUUUAUUGUACUUACAAAAAAGGUUUUCUAUAAGAUCACUGAGAGAAAGAGCGAGAUAAAGAAAAUCAUUCAACAUGCUGACUGACAGCUAUGUGUUAAUACUAAAAUAAUAUAAACCUAUUGUACACUAUUUACAUAAUAUAAAAAAAUCGGUUUUAUUACAACAUAGUUGAUAUUGAUAUUAUAUCAACUAGUAUGAUAAUAAUGCACUAAUAUUAGAGAACAUGAUGGCAUAAUACAGCUUGAUGAUCAAAUUAUAAAUUUUAAUCUAAGAGUAACACACACUUGUCAUAUAAGAACCAUAUAUCUUUUUAUUGAUAGAAUUAUCAACAAAUGUAACAAUGCAAAGAUAUAUGAAGUAUGUAUAUAUAUAUAUAUAUAUAUAUAUAUAUAUAUAUAUAUAUAUAUAUAUAUAUAUAUAUAUAGUUUUAUUUUUUAUUUAAUAUAAGAAAAAAUCCUUCAUAAUUAUAAUAAUAAUAAAAUUAAAGUUUAUUAUUUGUUGUUAUAUCUUAUGCUAUCCUAUAAAAAUAAAAUUCGCCGAAAUACAGAGGUGAUUAAUAAAAAUUGCUAAUUAAAUAUAGUUUUACAUUUCUCUAAGUCCAUUUCAUACGAAAAAUUUAGGUUAGUCAAUUU